GAUGACGUCAGAAUUAUUGUGUUCUUGACAGAAAUGGCCGCUUCCAGCACGUGGAGUAACAUUGUGGAGAACUAUUUGGCCGGAGUCAAUGAUUCUGCUGCCUCACAAAUUGCAAUUGGUUUAACAAAUAAAGAAGUUAAUCUCCUUGAAAUAGUGCAAUGUCUUGGGUCAGCAUUAACCACUUCAGGACUUAGUCGAAGGGCUGAUGGUACAAAGUUGCUUUGUGAUGCUCUUCAUCAAAUUCCACAAGAUUUAUUAAUUUUUGCCGAAGUGGAGUUACUCUGCACGUUUCUCUGUAAUCGUCUUGGUGAUCAUCAUUCUCUUCAACCUGCAGCCCUCCAUGGCCUCACUGCCCUUAGCAAGUGUUGUAAUGUUCCCUCAACAGUGCCUGAAAAGUUAUGUCGGCGGAUAUUUCGAGAGGUUCAGUGUCCGUCCUUAGCCCAGAAAGACCGUUAUUCUGUAUAUUCUAUUAUCUAUAAUUUUCUUGUAACAAAGUUAGAUGAAUUAAGGAAAAUGGACGGUGAUUUUGUGUGUGGUUUUAUCCAAGCAAUGGACGGCGAGAAAGACCCACGUAAUCUUCAACUAGCCUUUCAAUGUGCAGAAAUAAUCAUCAGACAGCUUUCGCUAGGUCUCUUUGUUGAAGAAAUGUUUGAAAUUACUGCCUGUUAUUUUCCUAUAGACUUUCAACCUCCUGCAGAUAAUCCACAUGGCAUUGAAAAGGAAGAUUUAGUCCUUAGUCUUCGCAGGUGUUUAACUGCAACCUCUAGUUUUGCUGAAUUUGUACUGCCACUCCUCUUUGACAAAUUAUCUUCAGAUGUCCCAGACUCUCGAAUCGAUGCCAUGCAAACUUUGGCUGAGGUUUCCCCUGUGUAUGGAGCUGAAGCCCUCAAUAAAUAUUUAUCAUUAAACGUGCUCUUCUCCAUACUCAGAAAUGAGUUGAUAUCUGGCAGCAUAGAAGCUCAAGAGGCUGCUUUGAAGGCAACACAAAAUAUUGCGUCCACGUUGACCGACCAAAUAAUCGAGGAUGACAGGGAGAGUCCUUUAAAUUCAUUCUUGAAUUAUAUUUUAAAAGUUUGCCGAUUAAAUAGUCAACAGGAGGAACAGUUUGUUAAUCACAUGAGGCUCCUUCAUAGCGCUGCUUCGGCAUCAAAAGUUUCUGCAAUUCAUAUUCUUCAAGAAAAACUACCAGAGCUCUUGGAGAUGAGUGAGAAAGCAUGUCAGUCAAACUGGAAAGUUCUUAUUCUGAGGUGUAUACAUGGGUUUUUAGAAGCUACCAAAUCUUUACCAGAUUUGAAAAAUGAAGAAAAUCCUGUCUCUCAGCAUCUCAACAAAAUAUUUGCCAUGUUCACAACUUGUUUAAGUAACUCGAGUGUCUCACUUUGUUUGAUUAGUGUUAAGUGUCUUGCUUUGCUGUUGGAUUAUCACGACAUCCUCGACCCUGAUAAAAAGUCGUUAAUUAUGCAACACAUUCUCAUAGUUAUGAGUAAAACAAAAGAUGAAAUUCUAAGAUCUCAGUGUAUUUCUACAUUAUCUGAAGCAUCAGUAAAAUACCCAGAAAUCAUACAACAGAAUGUUCUGCCAGCCUUGUUUCAAAUCUUAAAGAAUGGAACCAGAGACAACAUAUCGAACCAAAGCCAUCAAAUAAACAUAAACAGUGCCCUAGAAGUAUUUUCUUCAAUUUGUAUGCAACCUUCAGUCACAAAAGCUGUCUUACCAGAAAUCUGGAUUUGGUUAGAGAAUUUAGUUAAAGGCGAUCCCAAUAGAACGUCUGAUGUCAGUAAAUUAUUUCACGAAGGAAUGGAAUCGUUACUCAAAAUUACAAUCAUCAACUGCUCUGACCACCCGUUCAUGUGUCCGGAGUAUUUUUUUUCAUGGUUGCUGCCUCGAUUGUUAAAGUUAAACAUUUGUCAUCUUGUCGAAAGCGAAGUCUCGUCCACCACAAACUCAAUCACAGACUGCACAAGCUCCAUCUUGAGGGAAAUUUCAACAAGGCUUGACAAAAGGAAAGGAGAAGAAUUAUCAGAACAAAUGAUACGGCUUUUCCUUCAUGAAGACCUUAGUGUAUUUGACAUUUCUGCUUCUUUGAACAUGAAAUUUUGUCCAUUAAAGCCAACGUCUGUCAAACAAACACGACUGAUAGGAUUUUUAAUGGCUGUCAUAUGCAGUCUUCUUCCUGAGGUUUCCAUUGAUGACUUGGAACAUUUGCUCGAGCAGCUUGCUGACCUUGCAUUACAAAGCAAAGAUCAAAUAACACGAACAGCAGCGGCCAAGUGUUUUGCCGGCCUUAUCAACAAACACGGACAGGCUUCUCCUGGCAAAGAAUGUUUAGAUCAUUUACAAGAGCAACUUAAAGAUAAAUUAAUGAAUAAGAAUAACUCUUCAGGUGAUCUUCGAGCGAAAGCUUUACAUUUGUGGCUCUGGAUUACCAAAGCUCUCCUUAUCUCUGCUCAUUCUGAAGCUAACAACUUUGUUGGACUGGUAUUUAAUCUAUUGAGUGAUGAAGAGCUGGGAGAAGCGGCAGCAGAAGGAAUGUUUCUCAUUCUCUCUGAAUAUAAAGAUGUUUUAAGCCAACCCCAACAUGCAAAGAUCCGUAUUAUGUACAAGCAGAGGCUUUUUAUUGAAAAUGUACAGCAUCUGUCAAAAUCAUUCCAUGAAGUAAAAUCCGAGUUAAAGAAGAAUUACCUGAUAGCCGUGUCACAUUUAUUAACGUUUCUGCCACAUCAAGUUCUUGUCUCAAAACUCCCACCUUUGGUACCAAUGUUGGUGUUAGCUCUGAUGUUUGACGAUAACAAACUCCAAAUGUCCACAAUGGCAACUAUGAAGACCGUACUGGAUGAAAGCCCAAAUCUUCUAGCGCAGCAUGUUAAUCUGGUUGUACCCAAGUUAAUCAAACUCUCUGAAACAAAUGCUUCAAUGAAAGUACGCAUUGCUUCGCUCGAGUGUUUAGAGAAUUUGACACAACUACCGACAACCACUCUACUGCCAUACCGAAGAGAAGUAAUUCGAGCACUUGGUCCCGUUUUAGACGAUAAGAAACGCUUAGUAAGGAAACAAGCUGUCAAAGCGAGAGGAGAAUGGUAUCUUCUUGGUGCUCCAAGCAGCUGAGAAAGAUGAACAUUACUUCCUCACUCGUCAGUGUUGAGAUAGCAUUCCAAAAAAUUCUUCCUUAAAAAAAAUGGCCAUCUGGAACAAAAAGCAGCUGUUCAUUUGAAAGGCAAUGAAUUUUUUAAAAAUCAGAAAAUAAAUUUCUACCCUUCUGCCAAAUUUUAUGAGAAGCCAUUUAUUAUUAUUAUUUUGUAAAUGCUUUUACGUUUUGUUUCUCUUUGACUGAGGGGUUUUUAUUGAAGAUUUUCUUUAUUUGCCUCGGAUUGAAGAACUGUAAAAUUGUUGGACUUGCACAUUACAAAUAUUUCUAUGAUGGACAUUUAUUUUUGUAUUCUACAUUGAUUUGGAAAUCAAAGAAUAAAAGAAAAACAAGAAAUUGAAGAAAAAUCCAAGAAUA